AUGAAUACCAGAGGAAGAGUAAAAAUUACAGGUCAGGAAAUGAGAAUAGAAGGAAUGCCUAGCGGCCAGACCCGGAGUAGUCAACUCAAAAGCAGCAUAAGAUUCCUUAGGGGCGGCAAAUCCCAGGACUCAAAGGGAACCGGUGAAAAGUCAUUUCCUGGCCAAGUAGUAAUUGAUAACCCACCAGUGACUGAGGAUGACCUCAACUACACCGACCAAUACCCGGCAAAUGGCAAGGAAUAUCUCAAAAACAGUUUCCUGAGGAAGGAGCCUAAAUAUAAGACGAGGAACGACGCAAGGAUACAGACAGCAUGA